AUGUGGCAGUUACACACCCUCCGCAGGAGAGACAAAUGCGUCAACCCCAACCCGAACGACGACGUGUGCGAGAAGUACACCAGCCAGUUCCUGACCACCGGAGUGCCCCUGCUCAUCAGUCUAUGCCUCUUCAUCAUCCUCGCCAUCGUCCUGUUCAUCAUCGUCCGCCGCAAACGCCGCCAACGGCACGCCCAAGAGGCCCAGAAGAACCGCGAGAUCGACGACGACAACGGCGACCUGGAGCUGGUCGUCAAUACGUACCCGCGGGACCAGGCGUACAAGCAUUUCGAGGCGCAGGACAAGAACAACAGCAACAACGGGCUGGGCCUGGAAACGGAGAAUCCCUUCGAGGCGGAUCUCGAGGGAAGACGUCGGAGUCGAGACGUGUCGCCUGCGGUGGGAAGAUGA